AUGUCAUCCUGGACACACAACAGGCCCAGCGUAGCCACUGGAAGCGAGUUCUGUAUUCUACGACAGAUGGCAAGGGGUACCUACUUCUCUACACCCGAAGUCCUCACGUUCGCCCAAGGCUCCCGGCCCCGCCCCCCGGAGGUAACCUCAGCAGCCAUCAACUUCAGGGGCAUCUGGGCUAGACCAUCAGCCACCGAUCUCCUCCGCAUGGGCCUCAAGCCAAACGACCUCAAGAUCAUCGCGGUUCGGGUUCUGGAGGGCUCCGCCCGAACCUGGAUGCAGCCACAAAUCGACGGCACCCUCUUCCGUGGACAACCGCACAGCUUCACCUCUCCAACCAAGUCACCCGAUUUCUCGACCACAACAAGUAUCCUGAGCACGCAAGCUCGCCAGUUUUCGCUCCCUGCCCCCGGGAGGGAAGCAGCGUUGGUUCCGGCAGUGCAGGCUUACCUGGACAGGGCGAGGAGGUGCCUACACUAUGAGGACGUCUACCUCGACACCAAAGCGAGACAGCGUGUCUUCUGGGCUCGACGGCUCCAUGAGUCUACCGAUGGCAGGGCUCUGCGAGAGGCUAGACGUGUUCCCUUCGUGCACUCGUGGCCCACGGAUGGGAGUCGACUGAUGACUGGUGCCUCUUUCCUGGACGCUGUUAGGAUCCGUGCCAAUGCCCUGCCCACCCAUGCGCGGAUGUCACGAGGGCAGCCGCACCGGGAGCGUGCCUGCCGGGCGGGCUGCCUGACCGAGGAAACUAGGGUCCCUAUGUCUGGGACGCUGGCUCACGUCACCCAAAGCUGUCCACGGACGCACGGGGCCCGCAUGCGUCGCCACGACGCCAUUGUCAGCCUCGUGGGCAAUAGGCUCCAACAACAAGGCUGGUCGGUACUGAGGGGGCCAGUCUCCAACACGAUUGCUGGUCGGAGGAAGCCUGACCUCGUGAUCAACAGCGGCGACGACUCGGUGCUCUUGGAUGUCCAGGUGGUGUCCCGUUCGGCUGCUUUGAGGGAUGCCCACCUGCGGAAGGUCACCUACUACUCUACGAGGGAGGUGUUGAGUGCGGUGCGGGGGGAUGGAACGUCGGUGCCCCAGGUUACGUCUGUGACUUUGACUGAUAGACGUGGAGCUGUUGCCUGGGGUCGGAUGGUGUGCGGAGGCUGA